AAGUAUCGUUUUCAACAGCACCAUCACCACCAACAUCUACAAUACAAUAUUUUUUUCGUUCAUCUUCAUUACAAAAAAAUGGUGAUGAUGAUUUAUAUAUUUUGGGUCCUCAACAACAAUUACCAUCAAAUAUUGGUCCAUUAAAACAAAGUCCAAGUAAUCGUCGACGUCACAGUCCAAUUGGUGAAGUUAAACAAUCAUCACCACGUCGACAAAAUUCUCCAUCACCUGAUGUUUGUUCAAAUCAACAAACUGUUUAUCGUGUUGAACCAUCAAGUCCUCAAUCUCAAUCAAGUUAUUCUCCUCAAAAUUCUCCUCAUUUAUUACCAAGUCCAGGUAAUGAUUAUAGUCCAUUUUCACCUCAACAAUCAACAGAUAAUAAUACAAAUAAUCAACAACAACCAUAUUUUACAUUACCUACACAUUUUGAUCAAAUUACAUUGGAUAAUAAUUUUUAUACACAACAACAACCAUCACCGUCAUCAUCACCAAAUCAAAAUCUUAAUCAUCCAUCAUCACCAACAUCAGUUUUAACAUCAUUAUCAAAUGAUAUGAAUGGAACACAUUUAACUUAUUUUCGACCACAAAAUUUUUAUCCAACUUUUAUGAAUGAUGCUUUUUUAUUUUCUUCAUUUAUCUAUUUUGUUUUUAUUGUUACAGAUAUAAUAGUCAAAUUACUUGCUAAACCAUCAAAUUAUUGUCCAACUCAAACAACUGUUACUGUAACAACGAAUGUUACACAAAAAAGUCCAACGAUUCCGAAUAUAAUAUUAACUGAUGUUGAUAGUUCAAAAUUGGAUUUAUCGAAAGAAUUAGCAAAUGAUUUUACACAUGCUUUCGACAGUUUAAUUGAUCCAACUGAUUUACAAUUAAAUCCGGAUGAUUUUUUGCUCAAUGUGCAUGACCUUUCCAUUGAUCCCCAAUUAUGUGAUGAUACAUUUCGCAUGGAAAAUUAA